AUGGCCGUCUCACAGAUCUUAAACAAGUUCAAGCCAAAGGCUGAACAAAACGAACAAGCCGAACACACAGAAACAAGCUACCCUUCAGCCACGACGUCUGGAACUGCCUCGCUGGCCGAGAAGAACGCCAGGUACGAUGACAGCAAAGUGCCGUACCUGACCUGGCGGUCUUUUAUACUGGGUGUUCUGGCGUCUAUGGGCGGUUUUAUCUUUGGUUACUCGACUGGACAAAUUUCCGGAUUUGAAACUAUGGACGACUUCAAAAUGCGCUUUGCCGAGCAUAACGACACUGGAUUCUACUUUACCAACGUCCGCUCUGGUCUGAUUGUCGGAUUGAUGUCCAUUGGAACCAUGAUCGGCGCGCUCUUAGCCAGCUCCAUCGCCGACCGCUUCGGCCGCAAACUGUCCAUUGCCCUCUGGUGCAUCGUCCACGUGGUCGGCAUCAUCGUGCAAAUCACCACGGAUACCAAAUGGUACCAAAUAGCUGUGGGCCGUCUUGUCGCCGGCCUGGGUGUCGGCGCACUUUCCAGUGUUAUUCCCAUGUACCAAAGUGAAUCUGCUCCACGACACGUGCGUGGCGCCAUGGUCAGUGCCUUUCAGCUAUUUGUCGCUUUUGGCAUUUUCAUUGCCGCGUGUAUCAACUACGGUACAGAGGGGAUGCACUCGACCGCAGCGUGGCGCAUCACCAUGGGUAUUGGCUUUGCCUGGCCGCUCAUUCUGGGUAUUGGCAUCAUCUUCCUGCCCGAGUCGCCCCGGUAUGCGUACCGUAUGGGCCGUGUCGACGAGGCUCGUCGCACCAUGACAAAGCUGUACGGUGUGCCGGAGAACCACCGUCUCGUGGCCGAAGAGAUUGCGGACAUGAAGGACAAGCUCGACGAAGAGAAAGCCGCAGGUCAAGCCGGCGUGUUUGAGAUCUUCACGGGACCUCGCAUGCUCUACCGCAUUAUUCUCGGAAUCGUCUUGCAGUCUCUGCAGCAGCUCACUGGCGCAAACUUCAUCUUCUACUACGGAAACACCAUCUUCACCUCGACGGGGCUGAACAACAGCUACGUCACCCAAAUGAUCCUGACCGGAGUCAAUUUCGGCGUUACCAUUAUUGGUCUGUACAUUGUCGAGCACUUUGGCCGUCGCAAGUCCCUGAUUGGCGGCGCUGCGUGGAUGUUCAUCUGCUUCAUGAUCUUCGCCACUGUUGGCCACUACUCGCUCGACCGCGCAAACCCGCCUGCGACACCCAAGGCUGGUACGACAUUGAUCGUGUUUACCUGUUUCUUCAUCGUCGGCUUUGCUACAACCUGGGGCCCCAUUGUAUGGGCAAUUGUCGGUGAAUUGUACCCAGCACGCUACCGCGCAACGAGCAUGGGUAUUGCGACUGCAUCGAACUGGACGUGGAAUUUCUUGAUUUCGUUCUUCACGCCGUUUAUUUCAGGAGCCAUUGAUUUCCAAUAUGGGUAUGUGUUUGCGGCGUGCUCGUUUGCGGCGGCGGUCAUUGUGUACUUUUUCGUCUGUGAGACGCAGGGACGCACGCUCGAGGAGGUCGACACCAUGUACGUUGGGCACGUGAAGCCGUGGAAGAGCGCGAGCUGGGUUGCGCCGGCGAACAUCCGCAGGUCGGCCGCUGAGGACAUUCCCGAGGAGACUCGUGCUUCUGAGGGCGUUGUUGCUGCUUCUGAGUGA